GUCUUCUAACAGAGUGUUCGAGGUCAUCCCUACCCCACCUCAUUUCCAACUCCAUUUCACUAUUCCCCCCAAACGGCCAAAGUUCACUUUCCUCGAUUCUGCCCUGACACGUCAUGACGACCUUGUUUCAAUCUACAACUGAAUCCCCUACCAAUCCAUCAGCCGCUGAUUUCGAGCCUGACGAACAAUGGAAGAGUCGCCUCAAAGUCAAUAUCGAGAACAACUUGCGUUCAAUGGUCGACGAAGCUAAACAGAACUUACACGACACCCUCAAGAGAGCCCCAGUCAGCGCUCUCGAACGCGAACGCUUGACCGAGGAACACCUCGCUACCAUGAAGAACAUCCGUAAUCUUGCCGAGGAACAAUUCCGCAUCGCCCUCGAACGUGAACGCCAAGAACGCCGCUGGGCCGCUGGUCAAGUCUUAGAUCAGGGAUGGUCAGACGAAAUGGCAAAGGAACAACAAGCCAUCUUGGACAAGAUUGAAAGAGAACGCAAAGAUAAAGAUAAAGCUGCUGUUCAUUCUUCAUCUUCAUCUCAGCCUAUCGCAGAUCUUUCAAUAUCCCGUUCUAGCCGCAGUCGUUCUCCAGAACGUAUUUGGACCCCGCAAGAACGUACGGAACUCGAGCACGAGGCAGAUUACUUCCACAGUCGGGAGUUUGAGGAAGACCACGUACCACCACCUCGCGAUACCGGCAAGGCUCGUGCCGUGUCUGUUAGUAGCAGUAGUCGGAUCAUACAGGCCCCCCACCACGUUGGAUACAACAGACAGAAGUUUUGAGCGCCCAAAGCUUUCUCCUACCAUCGACGAACUAGACGACAUGCCUAGAUCUGCUCGUUCACCUACCGAUGCUCAGGACAGCAUCAGACGCGGAAGCCUUCGUCGCAAAGCUAGCAUUUCUACUAGACAAAUUCCCGGAAUUCUGGGUUCCUUCUAUCACGCCUGAACAGGAUGCUCAGAUGUCUCGUACGUACAGUCUUGCGCGUCGUGGGAGCACCGCGAGCACCUCUUCCUAUCGGGCACCAUCUGUGCUCAACAUCCCGUUUUCAUCCGAACCGCACGACAUGAUACCCAGUGCGAUAGAGAGCAAUAGAGAACGUAUGUCGGAAAGGGAUAGAGAGCGUAUAUCAUCUAUGG